AUGGUGGGCGAUGGGCAACCGAGACGUAUUGCCAUUAUAGGCACGGGUCUAGCUGGUCUAGCCACGGCCCACUUUCUUCAGAAGGCCAACGAGUCAUCUUCCAUGACUGUGGAAGUAUACCUAUUUGAAAGGAAUGGAUCACUAGGAAUGGAUUCGGAGAGUGUCACGGUAGACGUCAACGGUGAAUCGCGACGGGUCGAUGUCCCUAUGCGCGCAUUUUCGAAGGGUAUGUAA